CUCUCUGAAGCCGACGUAAGCAGAGCAGGGUGCGGAGCAGCGGGGAGGAGAAAUAUUCUUGUGGAAACGUCACAUUGGCCUUGGGGCUCUCAGCCUGCUGGGUAUCCCAUGGGAUCUUAGAAGCAGCGAGGAGGGCGGCAGCCCCGGGCCAGCCACGAUUCCAACGCUCUGCCCCUGCCAGCUCUUCGUGACGGGGCAGCCAAACGCCCUACCUCGCCAUUUGCCAGGUUUGUUUUGAAGCCACUGAUGAUUCAAUUGAGCCGUGAUUCAGAUUUUUGGAAUCAGCUUUAGGAGGAUGUUGGGAUGGCCCACAUCCCCAGGAAAGGAAGUGACAGUGGCCAAAGUCUAAGAGAAACUUCUGGUCACGAUUCUUAUCCACGUGAACACUCAUGGCUCUGCUACGAAAAAUUAAUCAGGUGCUGCUGUUCCUACUGAUUGUGACCAUCUGUGGGAUUGUGUACAAGAAAGUUCACAGGGAGACGGUGCUCAGGAAUGAUGCAGAUGAGGACGCAGAGACUCCAGAGGAAGUGGAGGAGGAGAUUCCCGUGGUGAUCUGUGCGGCCGCGGGGAGGAUGGGAGCUGCCAUGGCUGCCAUCAACAGCAUCUACAGCAACACCGACGCCAACAUUCUCUUCUAUGUGGUUGGACUGCGGAACACUCUGACGCGGAUUCGGAAAUGGAUUGAGCAUUCUAAGCUGAAAGAGAUAAACUUUAAGAUUGUGGAGUUCAACCCGAUGGUACUGAAAGGGAAGAUCCGACCGGACUCCUCGAGGCCUGAAUUGCUACAGCCUCUGAAUUUUGUUCGAUUUUACCUCCCCCUGCUGAUCCACCAGCAUGAGAAAGUCAUCUACUUGGACGAUGAUGUCAUUGUACAAGGUGACAUCCAGGAGCUGUACGACACCACCUUGGCCCUGGGCCAUGCGGCAGCUUUCUCCGAUGACUGUGAUUUGCCCUCUGCCCAGGAUAUAAGCAGACUGGUGGGGCUUCAGAACACAUACAUGGGCUAUCUGGACUAUCGGAAGAAGACCAUAAAGGACCUUGGCAUCAGCCCCAGCACCUGCUCUUUCAAUCCCGGCGUGAUUGUCGCCAACAUGACGGAAUGGAAACAGCAGCGUAUCACCAAGCAGCUGGAGAAAUGGAUGCAGAAAAAUGUGGAGGAGAACCUGUACAGCAGCUCCCUGGGCGGAGGGGUCGCCACCUCUCCCAUGCUGAUCGUGUUUCAUGGGAAACAUUCCACCAUCAACCCCCUGUGGCACAUCAGGCACCUGGGCUGGAAUCCUGACGCCAGGUACUCGGAGCACUUCCUGCAGGAAGCCAAGUUACUGCACUGGAACGGAAGGCACAAACCCUGGGACUUCCCAAGUGUUCACAAUGACUUAUGGGAAAGCUGGUUUGUCCCCGACCCUGCUGGGAUAUUUAAACUCCAUCACAAUAGCUGAUAGUACUCAACAUUUUUAAAACUCCCUAUAUAAUAAGGUGGAACUGUCCCUUUGUAGCCUUCUGUCACACUGUUCUUUAUGAGCAAUGCCUUCCACACAGCUGAUCCCCAACAUGGGAACCGGAAGCUUCUUUGUGCAGACUGGCCUUGGACCAGGGAGCAUGGACGUGCUGCCUUAAGCA